AUGUUGCAGAAAGCCAGCAAAGUAGGAACUACUUUUGGAAAAGGUGGUGCUAAGCGCCACAGAAAAGUGCUGCGGGAUAACAUCCAAGGCAUUACAAAGCCCGCCAUCCGCCGUCUGGCUCGGCGUGGCGGCGUUAAGCGUAUUUCAGGGCUUAUUUACGAAGAGACUCGCGGAGUCCUUAAAGUCUUCUUGGAGAAUGUGAUACGCGAUGCCGUCACCUACACAGAGCAUGCCAAGAGGAAGACCGUCACUGCUAUAGAUGUCGUGUAUGCGCUGAAACGCCAGGGCCGCACGCUCUACGGCUUUGGUGGUUAA